CAGUUCCACUCUAGUUACAGGAUUGGGGCGGGGCCGGCGGAGCGCAGGCGCAACGGGCGGCGGAAGUAGGAACCUGGGAAGGAAGAGAGAACGGGGCCUGGCUGUGCUAUGCCAAGGGCCCACGUUUCUGUUGUGGGAAGCUCCAGGAGGUCGCACGUGCGUCCGAGCCCAAGCCCCUCCCCUCCACUCCCCUCCCCGCUUGCCCCGGAGCCGCCAAACGGCCGGCUUCUUCUCGGCCCGCCGAGAUGGCGCUCGACCCCGCAGGAUGGGGCAUGGCAGCCUAAGGGAAGUUUCCUUAAUCAGAGUAAACAGUAGCACCAAACUGUCUUCAAGAAGAAACCAGCAUCUCAGACAUGUCGAAAAAGAUAUUUUGAUCCCUAAAAUAAUGAGAGAAAAGGCCAAAGAGAGGUGUUCUGAACAAGUUCAAGAUUUUACCAAAUGUUGCAAGAACUCUGGAGUUCUUAUGGUAGUAAACUGCCGGAAAGAAAACUCUGCAUUGAAAGAAUGUCUGACUGCUUACUAUAAUGAUCCAGCCUUUCAUGAAGAAUGCAAAAUGGAAUACCUGAAGGAAAGGGAAGAAUUCAGAAAAACUGGAAUUCCUGCAAAGAAAAGGCUACAGAAGGUUCCAACAAGCAUGUAGGCAGAUACUCAAAUGACAUUCAGGAACUCUAAUAUUCAUGGAAGUCAUUUUAUAGUAUAAAUCACCUUAAAUAAUGAACUCAAGCAUGUAUGUUUGCUUUAAUUAUGGAAAUACUGAAAUAAAUAUUUUAUUUCAAA